UAUUUACUCCGUAAUGUCUACCCAUGUAUAUAUAUAUAUAUAUAUACCCAGCAGCCUGUAGUAUAUGAGAUGAACUGGUCUGUAGGCUGCUGAAUGCUGAUGAAAUCCAUAUCUAACGGCAACCUAUAACUGAAAGGCAUUGCGUUGUAUAUUGAUCAUUAAAUCCAACUGUAGUUUGGUAAAAAAUUAUUGUAUAACUCCAAGAAAUUGGCAAAAUACUAUUUACCUCUGUAUGAUUACAGGAGAUUUUGAUAUACAAACCAAGACAGUAUUUAAUAAUGGUAAAAAAUCAGAUGAAUCAGCAAAUUAUCCAGCCGAAAAAGGAAAGUCUUGGCAAUUUUAUGCAAUUGCGGUCCCCCGCGGUCAAGACCGCAAGGGACCGCAAGGGACCAUGGUCCGGUCCGGUCCUGACAUUUCAGGACCGCAAGACCGCGUGGUCCGGUCCUUGGUCGCCGACUAUAGGACCGGGACCGCACCAUUUCGAGGCCUAUCCAUAUCCUGCCUACUCAUGAACAAACAAUGACACCCUCUACUGGUAAUACCGCCCAAGAGGAUUCAGCUUCAAAACAAUCAGCCGCCCUGAUUGACCCAAAGCUACUCUGGGACA